AUGCUCCCACUCACACUCCUGACACUAGCGCUGUCGUCACUUGUGGCGGCUGCGCCAUCGGCUCGCGGCUCCUCAUCCAAGAUCAAGAUGACGACCAACGAGCGCGACGUCUUCGACACUGCCAUGACCAUCAACGACUGGGCUUGGGACUCGGCGACGGGAUGGGUGGCAUCCAGCGCCGACGGAGGCCACUCGAGCACCCGCUUCACCGCCUGGUAUGUCCCUGGUCUCCUGUACCGCAACGGCAAGGGAGAUGUCGACCGCGCCGUCACCGCUAUCAAAAACAUCAUGCAGUUCACCAGCCCUGCGGACAACGGCACGGCGUGGUAUGGCGACUACAAGCUGUCUGCCGACAUUCCGCCCCCCAACCCAGACACCUUUCCGGCUGCCAUCUAUGCUUCAUACGACCCCAACUGGUCUUUCUUCGUCGGCCUGCAGUUUGUCCAGAUCAUCUCAGAGUUUGAGCAGCUGCUGCCUGCCGACCUGGUGAGCCAGAUGGUCAACUCGACGUACCUGGCCGCACGUCAGCUGAUGACCCGCGUGGGAUACGACGGCGACAACCUGGUCACGGCGUACACCAACCCCGCUAUUGGCCGCGCCCUCAUCGUCGAGUGGACGGGCCAUCGCCUGAACGACGCCAACCUCACCGCUGCGGGGCAGCAAUACGCCAAGGACGUUUACGACCUGUUCACUGCGGACGGACACAACACCCUGGGAGAGUACAAUGUGCCGACCUACUACGGCAUUGACGUGCUUGGGCUGUGCCAGUGGAUCCGCCACGCUCCCGCCAACUCGUCCCUGCCUACCUGGGGCAAGUACAUUCUCGAGAACCUCUGGGCCGACAUUGGCGAGCACUACAACUACGGACUGAAGAACAUGGUCGGCCCUUACGACAGGAUCUACCACCGCAACAUGCUCGUGGAUGACAGCAUCAUCACCAUCUGGUUCUGGAUGCUGCUCGGUCGCGACAAGGCUCCCGUCGCUCCCAAGGGUAUGGAGUCGACCAUCUAUGACAUGCACCAGGGCGAGACCCUCCGCGGCGUCAUCCCCUCCUCGGCGCUGGCGGCGCUCACCACGCCCGUGACCGAGGACCGCAACUUGACCCGCGGUAUCCGUGUGUCGCUGCACAACGACACGACGCGCUGGAACACGGCCUGGGUGUCGCCCAACGUCAUGGCUGGCGGCCAAAAGGUGGCAGAACUGUACAACCGCGGGUCGCAGUUCGCGCCGAUGAUCGCGCACUGGAAGUCGGGCGACACGAGCGACGCCCAGCGCCCCUACGUCUCGUUCUUCCAGCUGUACGCGACGGCAAGCACGAUCGAUGCCGUCGUCACCCCAUGGCACAUUAGCGUGGCGUACCCCAACACGACGCAGGCGGGCACCGACGUCUUCCAGUUCCUCAUCGGCGACAUUCCCACGCCAUACUGGGCCGCAGGCAACAAUAUGGACGGGUUCAGUAACCUCCCCUGCUUGAACGUGACGGUCACGACCACGGGCCUGAACGGCACAGUGGUCAAGGGCAAGUACGAGUCGUUCACCAUCCAGAGCAACAAUCUGUGGUCCGUCUCGUACUAUGUCGACCCGAGUUACGCCGGCACCCCUUCGGUCGAGUUUGAUCUCCAGUACACCUGUGAGAGCGGUCAGAUCUAG